GUCAAACGAAAUCUUAACAUCCAAUCGAUAUCUACUUCUCUUCUUUUAGCAAAACAUUUAACUUCAGUUUCUGAGAAAGCCCUUUUGAUUUGUCGGCAAAGUAAGCCUCUUUCUUUCGUUUUUCCGUCGAACCAAAGAGCGGUUUCUAAACCUGUGUUGUUCACUUUGAGAUCGGAUCAUACAAUGGCAAGCCAAUCCAAAACAUCAGUUCAUGACUUCACUGUCAAGGAUGCUAGGGGAAAUGAUGUGGAUCUUAGCACUUACAAGGGAAAGGUCCUCUUGAUUGUCAAUGUUGCAUCCCAAUGUGGCUUGACCAAUUCCAACUACACAGAACUGAGCCAGUUGUAUCAGAAAUACAAAGAUCAAGGCUUGGAGAUUCUAGCAUUUCCCUGUAAUCAGUUUGGAGCGCAGGAGCCAGGGAACAAUGAACAGAUCUUAGAAUUUGCUUGCACUCGCUUUAAGGCUGAGUAUCCCAUAUUUGAUAAGGUUGAUGUGAAUGGUGACAAUGCUGCACCUAUCUACAAGUUCCUGAAAUCGAGCAAAGGUGGACUCUUUGGAGACAGUAUUAAGUGGAACUUCUCCAAGUUCUUGGUUGAUAAAGAAGGGAAAGUUGUUGAACGUUAUGCCCCGACUACUUCCCCUCUCAGCAUUGAGAAGGAUGUAAAGAAGCUGCUGGCAGUUGCAUAAGGUGCUGCUUCAAAGUGUAUCAACUUACUGCGAAUAAAUGAGUAGGAUAUGAUGAAUAAGCACUUUCAUGGAAAUGUAUUCAUGAACUUUGUUUUCUUUUUUCUAUGGACAUCUAUGAUGUAUUAAAGUUUGAUCAAGUAAUAAUGUAAUCAUAAAUACGUUUGUUUUAAUGAAGUCCUAUAGUUUUACUAA